AAGUUCCACAACCCGGAAGACAACAAGACCACGUUGUUUCCGAAUCAAAACGUGUUGCGAACAGCAGAGUAACGUUACUGAGAGUAGCAGAGAGCAGACUGCAGAGAGAACAGCUUUGUAGCCUUAACUACUCGAACGUGUGAUAGUCUCUACCCAGCAACGGGAUGGAGGCCCAGCCAGAGGAGGCGGCUUUGGUACCGGAGGUUCUUCAGAGCUCAGCACACGGAGAGGAACUGGAACUGAACAACGGUACCAGCACCAAGCACCUGGAGGACGGAUGCACAGCUGAGACAGAACCUCAGGGACUGACCUCCGGGACCUCAGACAGCCGUUUACCGGGAGAGUUAACGGGAGGAGCAGAGGAGAUGGAGGUUACAGAGAAUCUCAGCUCUGUCUCGAGCUCCGAGCUGGGAGAUGGAACCACACACACACACCUUCCCCAGGACCUCUCCCAGGACCCCCACCAAUACCUCUCCCAGGACCUCUCCCAGGACCCCCACCAGGACCCCUCUCAGGACCCCCCCCAGGUACUGCUGAUGUUACAGGACGGUGUGUGUGUCAGGGACCAGCGGGACAGCAGCAGCUCCUCCUCAGACAGUGAUUCAGACUCCUCUUCCUCCGGUGUGACGCUGGCUGUUGUGUUAGGUCAGGCAGAUGAAGAUGAUGAUGACGACGAAGGCUUCAGUCGGGCAAGGAAACCCUGUUCCAUCAAAACCCUGGAUGAGAUCCUGCCUGAGGAGUUGCCUGCUGUCGAGGAGUUGACGGUUGUUCUACCAGAGGAGGCGGAGAUACUGCCCCUAGGAUCAGUCACCAGUAUCAUCCAACAGCUGGUGAUCAUUCAGUCAUUGAAGGACACGCCCCCUCUGAAGGACGACAGCGUCAUCUUCAACUCUGAUAGGCUGGCCGUGGGCAAGGUAUUUGAGGUGUUCGGGCCGGUCUCCAGUCCCUUCUAUGUGUUGAGGUUUAACUCAGAGAGUGACAUCGCAGAGAGAGGAGUGAAGCUGAAGGACUCCAUGUUCUACGCCCCGUCUCUCACCGACUACACCCUCUAUAUCCUCACUGAGCAGCUACGACGGUUGAAAGGCUCCGACGCCUCCUGGAAGAACGACCAGGAACCACCACCAGAGGCGUUAGACUUCAGUGAUGACGAGGCAGAACAGAAGAUGAAAAGGAAGAAGAAGAAGGGGAAUGUUCAGAAGAGUGAGAGAGAAAGAGGACAGAGAGCUGACCAACAACCAGAUAGAGAUUCCGUCACCAGACCACAGGUGUCCCAGAGGCCUUUGCAACAGAGUCGUCCACCCCGCCGUGACAACUGGGGUCCCCCACCCCGAUACGAAGGGGCUCCGUACUACACACACCAGCCCCACUACCCCUACCCUCCCCCCUACCAGCCCCAGUCCUUCCCCCUCUAUCCUCCCCCUCCUCCCCCCCACAUGUCCUUCCCCUGGUCCCCUCCCCCCUCUCACCCCUACCACAACCUCCCCUUCUCUCACCUCCCCCUCCUCCCCCACCGCCCACUGGCCCCUAUCCUCCUGAGUGAGGACACACACAACUAGUGACUGUACACCUCACUGACACUCAUCAGCGUUGUUUGACCAAAUCAACACAUUAAAGUAUAUUUUUACUGUCUGCAUUUCAUAUCUGUUUUAAUAGUUUCUGUUCUUAAAUCCCCGGUAGUAGAGACUAUUGUAGUGAUGAUGAUAACAGCUCUCUACAGUUUAAUUAACAAAUAUGACCCUGUUCUGGUCCAUAACCUCAUCAUGUACCCUCCUCUCAGAGCUGUUGGCUAUAUGACCCUGUUCUGGUCCAUAACCUCAUCAUGUACCCUCCUCUCUGAGCUGUUGGCUAUAUGACCCUGUUCUGGUCCAUAACCUCAUCAUGUACCCUCCUCUCAGAGCUGUUGGCUAUAUGACCCUGUUCUGGUCCAUAACCUCAUCAUGUACCCUCCUCUCAGAGCUGUUGGCUAUAUGACCCUGUUCUGGUCCAUAACCUCAUGUACCCACCUCUCAGAGCUGUUGGCUAUAUGACCCUGUUCUGAUACCCUCCUCUCUGUAUCUGAGAGCUGUUGGCUAUAUGACCCUGUUCUGGUCCAUAACCUCAUCAUGUACCCUCCUCUCAGAGCUGUUGGCUAUAUGACCCUGUUCUGGUCCAUAACCUCAUCAUGUACCCUCCUCUCUGAGCUGUUGGCUAUAUGACCCUGUUCUGGUCCAUAACCUCAUCAUGUACCCUCCUCUCAGAGCUGUUGGCUAUAUGACCCUGUUCUGGUCCAUAACCCCAUCAUGUACCCUCCUCUCAGAGCUGUUGGCUAUAUGACCCUGUUCUGGUCCAUAACCUCAUCAUGUACCCUCCUCUCAGAGCUGUUGGCUAUAUGACCCUGUUCUGGUCCAUAACCUCAUGUACCCUCCUCCUCUGAGGGCUAUAUUUGUAUGUAUUAUGGAUCCCCAUUAGUACCUGGUUAAAUAAAAAACGAAGUGGUGCAAAACUUGUUCACAGCUCAAUUCAGCAGGACUCUGGUGACAAAUAAAAUAAACUAUUCAAUUCUA